AUGGCUGAUAUAGGUGGCUGGAGUACUAUUGAGUCAGAUGAGGGCUUGUUCACCUCUCUGAUUGAGACCCUCGGGGUUCAAGAUACCCAAUUCGAAGAACUCAUCUCCCUCGAUGCAGACACAAUCCGCUCACUAGGUCCCGUCUACGGCGUGAUCUUCCUCUUCAAAUGGACUCGCGAAGCAGCAGGCGCCCGCGCCGAAGCCCCCCUCGAUGGAACCUACGACCAAACAGCCACAGACAACAACCUCUUCUUCGCGGCGCAGACAAUCCAAAAUGCCUGCGGCACGCAAGCCAUCCUCUCCGUAAUCCUGAAUCACGACAACCCGCCCGCGCCCCUCCCACCAAUCCAGCUAGGCCCUGAGCUCCGCUCCUUCAAAGACUUCACAACAGGCUUCCCGCCUGAACUCCGCGGUGAAGCGCUCUCCAACAGCGAAGCGAUCCGGUCCGCACACAACAGCUUCGCGCGCGCAAGCCCCUUCGCCGAUGAGACGGCCCGGCCGCAAGACGACGAGAAGGGCGCAGACGUGUACCAUUUCAUUGCGUACACGCCUGUCAAUGGGAAGCUGUAUGAGCUCGACGGACUGCAGCCGCAUCCUAUUAGCCAUGGGGAGUGUGAUGUGGCGUCUUUCCCGGAGAAGGUGAUUGAGGUGCUGCAGCGGCGCAUUGCGCGGUACCCGCCUGAGGAAACGCAUUUCAAUCUUAUGGCUGUUGUGAAGGAUCCUAGGGGGCGGGCGCGGGAGAUUGGGGAUGUUGAGACACUGGAGAGAGAGGAGAGAAAGCGGGCUGCGUGGCAGUGGGAGAAUUCGCUGCGGCGGUGCAAUUUCGUUGGCUUUAUUGGGGAGGUUAUGAAGGGGGUUGUUGGGCUUAAGGAGAAGGAUCCUCAAGGGAAGGCGUAUGGGGAGUGGGUUGAGAAUGCGAAGAAGGAGACAAGGAAGAAGCUUGAGAUGCGACGGUAG